AUGCUGUCCCUCUGGACCUUCCUUGUGCAGAAGUUAUCGCUGCUCACGCAGCUUUCCUUCUUCGAGUCCAAGUAUCAGGAGCCUGAAGAGCGUACCCCACAGCAGGCUGUUCCUGUCCUGUUACGCCGUGGAGACCUGCUGGAAGUGCCCCGUACUAUCUUCACUCACUAUGGCAUUUACCUGGGGGAAGGCCGAGUGGCACACCUCAUCCCUGACAUCCUGCCUGCUCUCACAGGGGACCCCACACUCGUGCGCACUGUCAUCACCAACACACGCCUCAUCGUUGGCUGCAUGUUCAGGUGCGCCACUGUACGAGUGGACACGCUCGAGAACUUUUCUUAUGGAGGAAGAAUCCUGGUGAACCACAUGGACAGUGUGAUGAAAGCUCGGCCCCUGCCCAACGAGGAGGUGGCAAUGGCCGCAGAGCGACUGCUGGGGAGCACCACGUACAGCCUGCUGUGGAACAACUGUGAGCACUUUGUCACACACUGCAGAUACGGGUGUGCAGUCAGCAGGCAGACGGAGAAGUUUUGUGACGUUCUAAAGUCUAUAAUCAGAGACCGGCGCAGCGCCCUGGUGUCUGGCCUUCUGGGCAUCUUCUCCAUCAUCUCCUUUGGUAUGGCACCUUCAACCACACUACCCACAAUCUUCAUCCCCUUCACGCUGUGGAUGGCUGGUUGA